UUAAUUACCCGGACACGCAAAACGCUACUCUCAUUGGAUGGGACGUUUGCUCUCAUCGAGGUGCUUACGAUCACAGGUGCUUGGAAAACAUGAACUCGACGAAGAUAUCCAGAGUCGUGAGCAACGAGCCUCUGCAGCCGUUUUUCAAGUUCCGAGCUGCGAAUCCAGAUCGAGAGAUUUAUUUCCUAGAUCCCGAAUGGAUUUGGUCAAUUGCGGAUAUUUUGCAAGAAAUGUCAACGGUGCACUUGAGAACUCUAGCGCCGUCAUCCGGAUUCAUCGGAUCUGUGCUGCUGAUGCACUUUUGCGAUGAAGUUCACCUGUUCGAGAUGAUUCCGUCUUUGCGAGAAGACUCGAAAAAGGAAAUCAUUUGCAGGUACCACGAGCCCCACAGAUGUGAGAUAAAUUCUUAUAACGCUUCCAUCAAGUUGGAACUGGGUUUCGUAUUGGCCUAUUUAUAG